AUGAUUGGAGGAAUUUUUCCAAUUUUUAAUAAACAAGAAAAUGUUAUUGCUUCUUUUGAGAGAAAAAUGCAACGGAUUAAUUGUACAGGAUUUGACCUACGUGCCUUCCGUUGGGUGCAAGUCAUGAUGUUUGCAAUAGAUGAGAUAAACCAAGAUGAGGGUUUACUUCCUAACAUUUCUUUGGGCUAUAAAAUAAUGGAUUCUUGUGCUUCUCCCACUAAUGUUUUACGUGCGGCAUUCACACUGGUGAGUGAGCAGAAGGAAGAGGAAUCUACAACUCAGUGUCACCUUCCGCUUACAGCUCUUGUAGCUGAAUCAGGCUCAUCACAGUCCUUAGCUGUUGCCGGAACACUUGGACCAUUCAGAGUGCCAAUGGUGAGUUACUUUUCAACAUGUGCAUGCCUGAGUGAUAGAAGAAAAUAUCCAUCAUUUUUUCGCACAAUUCCAAGUGACUACUACCAAGCAAAAGCCCUGGCCUGUCUUGUAAAACGAUAUGGAUGGACUUGGAUUGGAGCUUUGCAGUCUGACAAUGAUUAUGGAAAAAAUGGGAUUUCAGCCUUCACAAAGGAAGUGGAGAAAAUGGGAGUUUGCAUUGCAUUUGUAGGCACAAUUUUAAGGACAUAUCCCCAAAAUAAAAUCAUAGAAGUGGUUGAAUUGAUAAAACAAUCUACAGUAAAAGUGAUCCUGGCAUUUGUGCCAGAGGGAGAUCUCUAUCCUUUAAUGAGAGAAACUGUGAGACAAAACAUCACAGGAAUCCAGUGGAUUGCAAGUGAAGCCUGGGUAACUGCAGCAAGGCCCUCUACACCUGAAAUGUUCAAGUCUUUUGGAGGCACAGUUGGAUUUGUGGUACGAAAGAUGACUAUGCCCAAACUUGGAAGUUACCUGAAAAACAUCAGUCCUUACUUUCCUUCACAAUCCACUUUUGUCAGUGACUUCUGGGAAACAAUGGUCAGCGAUCACUUACAGAGUGUGAAUUUUGUAGAUGAAUAUGGAGAAAAAGUAUUUUUUGAUGAGAAUGGAGACCCACCUGCAUCAUACGAAGUGAUAAACUGGCAGCUAAGAGAUGGAGAGAUACCAAAAGCAGUGUGCUCAGACACCUGCCCAAAUGGCACAAGAAAGGCCCAAAUAAAAGGACGGCCCAUUUGCUGUUUUGACUGCAUCCCAUGUGCUGAUGGUUCAAUAUCAAAUACAACAGCAGACUGCAUUCUUUGUCCUGAAGAAUACUGGUCAAAUGAGAGACGAGACAAGUGUGUCAUGAAAAUAAAAGAGUUUUUGUCUUAUACAGAAACAAUGGGGAUCAUUCUGACUGCUCUAUCACUAUUUGGUGCCAGCCUUAGUGUAGCGACUAUGAUUAUCUUCAUACGCUUUAGAGAAACACCUAUAGUCAAAGCUAACAAUUCAGAGCUGAGCUCACUAUUACUUGCUUCAUUGUUCUUUUGUUUCCUUUGUCCUCUUACAUUCAUUGGUGAGCCAACAGUGUGGUCAUGUAUGUUACGUCAUACAGCAUUUGGUGUUACUUUUGCUCUCUGCAUUUCUUGUGUUUUGGGGAAAACCAUAGUAGUUGUCACUGCUUUCAGAGCCACAUUACCAGGAAAUAAAUUGGCUGGAAAGUUUGGGCCAGUACAACAAAGAGUAAUUGUGUUCUCAUGCACUGCAAUUCAAAUAGUCAUCUGUGUUCUAUGGCUUAUAAUAAGCCCACCAUUUCCUGACAAAUCCCUGAAGUACAACAAUCAAAAGAUAAUUUUAGAAUGCAACACAGGCUCAGAUGUAACAUUUUAUGCAGUUUUAGGAUAUAUUGGUAUUCUUUCAGCAAUCUGUUCGAUUUUGGCAUUUUUAGCUAGAAAAUUACCAGAUAAUUUCAACGAAGCCAAAUUCAUCUCAUUCAGUAUGCUUAUAUUUUGUGCUGUCUGGGCAACAUUUAUACCUGCUUAUAUUAGUUCACCUGGCAAGUACACAGUAGCAGUAGAGAUUUUUGCAAUUUUGUCAUCUGCCUUUGGUUUACUGUUAUGUAUAUUUGUGCCAAAAUGUUACAUUAUUCUCAUUAAACCAGAAAGAAAUACUAAAAAACACGUGAUGGGGAAAUUUCAAAAGAUUAGUCUCUAA